ACUUGCCUAUAAAUGCGUCUCCCUGCAUAAUCUGUUUCUGCACAAUUUGUCUACAUAGCACAUUCCAAGAAGUCUACAGAUACCUGAGAAAAUAAUGGCGAAGAUUGUGUACUUGACGAUGGUUUUUGCCACAUUUUUGGCGGCUUUUCUGAUGGUGGAGCAAGGGGAGGCUUUUACCUGCGGAACAACAUUACAAGAACGUACAAAGCAACUUUGUGAUCCAUUUCACAGGGGCGAACAGCAGGAUCCAUCUGCUGAGUGUUGCAACUCUUUAAAAGCAUUCCGUGAUACGGCCAAGACUAGAGAAGAGAGGAUUGAGUUGUGUCGUUGCGUGCAGGAUCGUUCUAAUAGAAACAGAGCUGGUGUUCCUGCUCCAGAUGCUCGUAUUCCUAAAAUAGACGCUCUUCCUGCAAAAUGCGGACUUCCAUUUAUAUACUCUGCAGAUCGUAAAUUCGACUGUAACACCGUAAACUAAGCUUACCUCCGGUGCAUGAAGAAGUAGUUGGAGGAAAAAUCGAUAUAUAUAAUAACACUGAGGCCAUAUAUGUGCCUUAAG